GCAAAGAGGCGGAGCCAAGCUGUUCAAGUCCUCUCUCAUUUUUAUUUCCUGUAACAAAGUCAUCUUCUCAACGCUAUUUUAACCUGUAAAUCGUAUGUUUUGUUUCAACAAGUACACAUACUCGAAUAAUUGAGAGACGUAAUAGUUUUAACCCUGAUACCUCGAUUAAUUUGUUUUAGAAAAUGGUGUACAGUUAACGGUGUCGCAUUACCGGGCUUUCAGAUCCGCGUGCAUGUAAACAUGGGCACGUCAGCGCGCGAUUAACGUUUCCCGGUACCUCCGUACAAAAGGAUGGAUGUUUAUCUUUAAACUCAGGUCUCUUCAUUCACAUCUCCAUCUGCCCGUGUGUCAGUAAUGGACAGCACUAGUGUGACUCUGACAGUGAGAGGGACCACAUCACCGGGUGAGGUAAUAGCAGUGGUUGGCAGUUGUGAAACCCUGGGCAGCUGGUGCCAUCAAAAAGCCGUGACUUUACAGCCAGCGGAGGAGGAUGGCACCCUGUGGAGAACUACCAUUCAGCUUCCUAAAGGGAGUGAAACUAGAUAUCGCUAUUUCAAGGGAUUCAUUUUGGAAUCUAAGAAUGCUGGUGGGCCAUGUCAAGUCAUAGUCAAUAGAUGGGAGACCCAUCAGCUGCCACGCUCAUUGAGUCCCUCAGAACCAGAGCAUGUGAUUGACGAUGGACAUUUUGGAGUCCAUAAUGGUGUUGAGUGUGUGGACUCUGGGUGGUUGACGGGCCAGACAGAAAUUCGUCUCAGGCUUCAUUACUCCGUGAAACCUCCAGUAUCUAUUACUAAGAAAAAAUUUAAGAAGUCACGCUUCAGAUUGAAGUUGAUGCUGGAAGGAAUUGAAGAAGAAGACGACGAAGAAGAAGAAAGCCCUUCAUCAUGGCAUAAGAUGACCACUACGCUGGAGAUCAGUAUGAUCAGUGAUGGCGGAUAUAAGUCUCGUCAUUCCCAGCCAGAAUGUGGAUACGCUCUGGAACCCUCCAAGUGGACAGAAUACAUUAUUCACACCAUGGACCCUGACAACCUAGAGCUCACCUUUGAGUUCUUUGAGGAGGACUUGAGUGAACCUGUGGUUCAGGGUGAUGCUCAUCCAGGCCACGUAGGCACCGCAUGCCUCUUGUCAUCCUCUUUUGUGGAGAACGGAAAAGAUUUGGGUGUAGUCACCCUGCCCAUCAUGAGUCGAAACGCCAGACAGACUAUUGGAAAAGUCAGAGUGGAUUACCUGGUGACGCGUCCUAUCCAAGGCCUUCAAUGUGACAUGAGUCAGUCUUUCACCAAAUACUGGAAGAAAAGGAGCCCUUUGGUUGUUGGACACAGAGGAGCAGGGAGCACACAUGCUGCCAGGCAUCACAAGAUCAGGGAAAACACAAUUGCCUCAUUUCUGAGUGCAGCCAACCAUGGAGCCGCUUAUGUAGAGUUUGAUGUUCAUUUGUCUAAAGAUUUAGUUCCAAUCGUGUAUCACGACCUCACCUGCUGUAUUUCAACUAAAAAGAAAAAUGACAAGAAUUCAAUGGUAUUGUUCGAAGUUCCCGUCAAGGAUCUUACGUUUGACCAACUUCAGCUUUUAAAACUGGACCAUACAACUGCCAUGGAAGUUCAUGACCAUAAAGACUUGCAGGAUGAAGAGGAAUAUAUAGAUGAGCACCAGCCUUUCCCUUCCCUUUCACAGAUAUUCCAGGCUGUUCCAGAUCAUGUGGGAUUCAACAUUGAGCUGAAGUGGAUCUGUCAGUUUAAGGAUGGCUCCUGGGAUGCAAAGCUCUCUACCUACUUCAACAUGAAUCAGUUCUUGGACAUCAUCCUCACAUGCGUGCUGCAGAAUGCCGGCAAGAGGAGGAUAGUCUUCUCAUGCUUUGAUCCUGAUGUUUGCACAAUGGUGAGGCAAAAGCAGAACAAAUACCCUAUCCUGUUUCUGACCCAAGGAGUGACAGACCUCUACCCUGAACUCAUGGACAUCCGCUGUCAGAGCACUAAGAUCGCAAUGAGCUUUGCUCAGAGUGAGAACAUACUGGGAAUCAGCGCCCACACUGAUGAGCUCUUGAGGAACAUGGAGUUCAUCAGAGAGGCUCAGUCCAAGGGACUAGUGGUCUUCUGCUGGGGCGACUAUAACAACGACCAUGAGAACAGGAUGAAGCUGAGGGACCAGGGCAUUGAUGGACUCAUAUAUGACAGAAUCUGUGAUGACAAGCUUGAGCAGUCAAACAUUUUCAAUGUAGAGGAACAGGUUUCUCUCAAGGAUGUCAUCCAAACAUGCGCCUGUUCCACCUACAGCAUUCCGUGCUCCUCCAUUCCUUGUGCAGGAAAAUCCCAGGAGACCAAUGGGGAGUCGGACUCUGGCCUCAGUUCCUCUUAAGAGCCACACACCCAGUUUACCUUCACUCUAUGCCUGUAAUCUUCCCACAACGCACCAAAACUAAUGCACAUAUUCACUCCGUCAAUAAGCCAAACUUUCUUUGAGUCUGAGAUGCUUUAGAGUAUAAUCAUGUCAAAAGAAUGAUAUUAAGGACAACGCUAGCUUCCACAAAGGCAGUAUGUUUGCUGUAUUUAGCCAAUUUUCUGUAUAUUUGGGUGCAAAAAAUGUGUAUUUUGCCUAAAUGCAAAUAUUUGUUUUAUAAUUCUUAAUAUUCUGUUGUAUAAGAGGAUCUUCAGCCUCAGAUUUAGUAUUUAUUGAUUUCUUUAUCUGCAGAAUGAGUUUAGAACAUUUUUGUAAUAUAGUAUUAGAAUUUCAUGAACAACAAAAAUGCCUAAUUCAAAAUUCAAAUUCAUUUAAAGCUAGAAAUAGCAAUUUUAUUUAAUAGCUAUUAUUUUGACAUUAUUUACUAGCUAAAAGUAAGGCCUGUCUUAUAAAAACAGACUUUGAGGGAAUUUGUCUUUAAAAUUACACUCAUGAACAUGCAUAUUAUUAUUGUUAUCACUACUAUAUCCAUCCACAGAUUUACACUGAUGGUUUCAGUGGAACAAAAUUUAAACUUUUUAUUCAGCUGUGCAAUUCACUGUAAAUGGGUGUAUAUUUGAAUGAAUGUGCCUCUGUAAACCUGUCUGAUGUAUGUGCUGCGGAGUGUCAGUGUGGUCUUGUCUCCCAGCAUGCAUUCAUACUGCUUCCUCACUACAGGGCAGUGAAAUCAUGCAUGUUUGCUGUUCAGUGCCACACUGGACUCCAGCAACUUGCUGUAUGAAUCCACACUCACUGGGGUGGGUGUCACUAUACCAACAUAGAACAGAACAACGCUCCGAGAGCCAGAAUAAACAUUUAAUACAAAUGUAA